AUGGAAACUAUCGACAGCUUCAAGUGGGUUACAUUCGUCUCAAAGGAGAAAGAACUUGCCAUGGCCAAAGCUAAAAAAUCCGAAAGAAAUCUUGACGUUCAUCCGGAGUACGGCAUAUUGUUAAUGAGGAAGGAUAAUCUGCAAGAAAUGACUGCAAUCGCGGGAGACAUUCAAUCAUAUGUGGAUGUUAGUGUGUUUUUUCCUACCAGCGAUAUUAUUCUGCAUAUGUGCACUGAUUGCUUGGCUGCGAGUAUUGCAUGUGAACAGGAGGUGAGGUAUGCUGGAACUAUUGAUCGAGUUUACAAUCACUACCCAUUUUUAAGGAGAAACGAGGCUGUCUGUAAUAUUCCAAUACGAGUAGUCGACGUUGAUACCGGGAAGACGUUCAUAUAUUCGUCGAAUGAGGAGAUUCGUCCAGAAUGCUAG